CAACCAACCAAAAGGAGUUCAAGGUCAUCGCAACCUACUCCUGAAUACAAGAUGGCCAAGAUCCCCAAGCGAAUGGCAAAGCCUCCUGGCCCGCCGUCCAAGAAGAAGUCUGCGGCCGCUCCUGCCAAGGGCAAGAAGGAACGUCCGAUCAUCAAAGCCAAGCGCCAAAAGGCGCGGGUGGUGCGCGCCGUCAAGAACAAGGAAGCCAAGUUGGUUGAAAACACUAAGCAGCUGCUCGUGUUGCGCGGCAACAAGACCAACGAAGCCGUGAACCAGCUCCUCCGCGACCUGAAGAUGAUCAAGGCCCCUGACGCAAAGGUAUUGUCCAAGAAGAACGAGCUCCAUCCGUUCGACGACCCCAACAGCAUCGAGUUUUUGACGCACAAGAACGACACGAGUCUGUUUGUGCUCGGCAGCAGCACCAAGAAGCGCCCGAACAACAUCAUCUUUGGCCGCACCUUUGACGGACACAUCAUGGACAUGUUGGAAAUGGGUUUUGACAACUUUAAGGGCAUCGACGACUUCAAAUGCAAAAGCAAGAUGGCGCCAGGCUCCAAGCCGUGCUUUUUGUUUUCGGGGGCUGAGUGGGACUCGUCCGAGCCGUACCAGAAGCUCAAGAACGUUCUCGUCGACAUGUUCCGCGGCACGAUCGUGUCGGCCAUCAACUUGAAAGGUCUGGAUCAUGUGAUCGUGUGCUCGGCCGCCGCCAACCGCGUGCUGUUCCGCCACUACUCGAUCGCGUUCCAGCUCACUACCGACACACAUCCCCGUGUGGAGCUGGACGAGAUGGGACCGCGGUUUGACUUGAGUUUCCGCCGACACAAGUUUGGCUCGGCCGACAUGAUGAAGGUCGCGAGCAAGAAGCCCAAAGAAUUGGCCCCCAAGAAGCUCAAGAACAUCAAGCGCGACGAACUCACGGGCGACAAGAUCGGGCGCAUCCAUUUGGACAAACAAGAUAUUUACAGCAUGCAAGUGCGCCGCGUCAAGGCGCUGCGAAAGUCCCCCGGCGACCUCAAGAAGGACGACACCACCGCCGAAUAAGCAUGCAAUUUCCAAUCGUCGUCCGUGUAUAUACACAUGUGUUACAUAUUCCCUCGUCCAAACUACCUACAGGAGGACUUCGACAUGCCAUCAUCGAAGCGACUAGUAUUCUCAAAUCUAUUGGAUGAAUUAAUUAUGGAUGAAAUAAUGACCUAAGCCAAUCAAAUCACGUUC